AUGGGUAUUAGGGUGUUGUAUCUUGUAGCAUGGGGAGGAGGAAGAGGAGGAGGAGGAGGAAGAGGAGGAGGAGGAGGAGGAGGAGGAGGAGGAGGAGGAGGAGGAAGAGGAGGAGGAGGAGGAAGAGGAGGAGGAGGAGGAGGAGGAGGAGGA